AUGAUCCAGCAACAAUUCACCCCCAUCCCAGGGCCAUCCCUCCCGCGGCCUGGCCAUUCAGCGGGCGAGGAUCAAGGGACGGAUGCGUUUCAGGAGCAGUCACUCUGCAGCAGUCGAAGCCCAAACGACGGGCUUGAACAACUGUUUGUCGCCCUGCCAAUUGUGCUGCAGCAGCCCCAUCCAUCCCGCCUCGUUUUGUUCGCGCCCGCCGUCGCCAAUCACGUCUGCUGGCCGCGAACAGAGACCCCAGCCUCCGUCUCCCCGGUCUUCCUGGUCUUCCGUCGUUGUCCUCGUCUUUCUGUCGUCUUUCUCGUCUUCCCCGACUGGUUCGAAAGAAGAAGUUAUGCUCGCUUAGUCAUCCUGGGUCACGUGUCACUUCCAACCUCAUCUCGAGAAACGCAGCGAGAAGAGCAGGAAAAGGCCCUGGACAAGACGCACUUCCGCUCCAACGUCGACAGGCCUGCCCAAUUGAAAGCGCCAGCUAUGUUUCUUGCCAGGAGGGCUGUCGGUCCGGCGAGGCGCGCCCUGCUUCAACGCCAGCAACCCCGCCGUUUCGAUUCGCACUCUGCACACCACCACGAGCCCGUCAACGAGCAUCUCGGCCGCGGUUUCUACGUUGCUGUUGCCUCCAUCCCCAUCGGUCUGGCGCUCUACAAGUACUCCACGUCUGACGCCAGCGCAAAACCGUGGUUAACCAGCGUGAUCGAGGCCUUCACUGAAAACAAGGCCGCGUUGGAACGUAGCAACGCCCUCCACACCCGGGCAAUCGAACAAGCUGGUGCAGACCGCCAUCUGUUCGCCAGUGAGGUCUCUCCACUGACUAUUGACCUCUCAUUCCCCGAAUUGUUCAAUACCGGCUCUCCCAUAAACAUGUCCCCUGGUAACUCCUCCGGUGACCUCACUGCGGUCGUGGCACACUACGAAAAGCGUCAAGCAGAGAUGGAGAAGGCAAGAAUAGGGCGCAUGAAGGAUGGAAAGGUCCAGUCCCUGUACGAAGACGGAAGAUAUUUUUAG